AUGGAGACCAUUUCCCAACUGGAGUCGAACCAUUUGACAACCAAGUCCACCGUCUCCUUACCCAAUGGGGAGGAACAAUACGAAUUCCUACUUACUGUCCAUCCCAGAUCUGGUCACGUCAUCCUUCGCUUCGACAACCACCUCUGCACCAAGGACGCGGCGCGCCAGUUCCUAGAUGCCUAUAUCUCAUUGGUAGAGACACUUGGCCGCGAUCCCCAUGUUACGGUCAGAGAUAUAUCCGUUGUCACUGAGUCUGAACGUGAACGCCUAGUCAAGGAACUGUCCUCUUCUUCCGUGGUCGCAGUACGGGAAAGUUUACUUCAUCGGCUGGUUGAGGAGCAGGCGAAGAAAACCCCACACCUCACUGCUGUCGAGUUUGAAGACGAGUCAUUUACGUACAGCGAACUAAACUCUACUGCCAACAGAAUCUCCCGGACACUCAUCCAACAAGGCGUGCGCCAUGGCGAUGUCAUUGCCCUGUGCUUUGAUCGUGGUAUCAGCCAGAUCUUGAGUGUCCUGGCGGUCUUGAGGGCUGGCGCAACCUUCGUGCCUUUGGACCCUAACAACCCCACUCUGCGCAAGGAGUUAAUGGUCGAAGAGUGUGGCGCAAAGGUGCUGCUCACGACUUCAAACCACUCUCGCGUCUUCCAGAAGAGCUUAGCUUCGAAAGUUCUGAUCGUUUACAUCGAUGAUACGAUCUACCGGAAGCGUUUGACUAAGCUCAGCGCGGAUGACUUCGACGUUGAAGGACUUACCCCCAACAGCCUUGCCUACAUCAUGUUUACAAGUGGAAGCACCGGGAAGCCGAAGGGGGUCAUGAUCGAGCAUCGAUCAAUCUCUACUCUCGUUCAGAACUCGAGCGUAUAUGGUUUCCAGCAAGGUCUUCGUGUGGUGUCUUCCUUAGCCUACACUUUCGAUCCUUUCGUGGUGGAUGUUUUCGGCUCCCUCUCUCAUGGCGCCACUCUUGUCACUGGCCGCAAGGAACUUGUCCUUGGUGACAUACCCCAGGCCAUUCGUUCUCUGCGCAUCAACGUCCUUCACGUUACGCCUUCCAUUCUCGCUAUUGCGCAGAGGAACGGGAGAACGAAGAGCAAUAUGGCAAGAACACUUGCCUUAUAUCAGAAUGGUAGUAGCGUUUGA